UGGCAAUACUACAGAAACAAGUAGUGUAGUACGAUUGGGUAUAUAUCCACGUUGUGUACCUCUCUACCUAUAACCAUGUCAAGUUCAACACAGACGCUAAAGACACAGCUGGAAUGGCUUAUAUUCGAUGAAAUAAAGUUCACAGGCGAACCAAAGCAGAUUAUUAUAGGCUCGUUGUGCGUAGCAUUACUGUCCGCCUUGGUAACGAAGCUAUUUUGGGGCUGGAUCCACAAAGAAGAGAUGGAUGUGCUCAAGACACGCCAACGCAUGCGAGACCCACAGCUGCGAAAUGCACCAAAUGGUAAACAUUUGUGGUACACACACGACUUCUUGGCACAACCAGGGUAUUGUAACGUGUGUCAGAAGCACAUCAUCAAGGGCAUCCGCUGUGAGGUGUGUGGCUUCUGUGCACACAGCACCUGCAAGGUCAAGGCCAAGAAGUACAGCUGCAAGCACUGUACACAGCCACAGACUGUGAGUAUAAAACAUCAAUGGCGCAACGGCAACUUGCCUCUGCUGUCUGUGUGCUUCGUGUGUCUUAAGUCAUGUGGUAACGGCGCGGGGCUUGUGGAUUACAGAUGCAUCUGGUGCAAUCGCUGUGUGCACACCCGCUGUCUGCCUGAUAUUCCAACUGAAAGGUGCAACCUGGGACGUUUCAGACGAAUGAUAGUGUCGCCACACAGAGUCACACUAAAGGCAGGUGGCUGGACUAAGCCCAAAGGCACCCAGACAUGGUAG